AUGGGAGGACCGUUGGUCACCUCAAUGUGGCGGGAUCCUGCCCGCGAACAUUUCUGCCACGCCCACCGCCGUUCCGCCGGCCCCGCCGGCCUCCAGAUCCAGCCGAAUGCGGACGCGGAGGGGAUUGCUCGUGGCGACCCGUGUCCCACCGACGCCCAGGCGACCCCCUCCCCCGCGUCACCGGUGAGCGCCGCGGAGAGCGUUGCGUGGGGGAUCGCGCUCGGGGUGAGCGCGGGACUGCCCGACCACGAGGAGAUGGACGGCGUGGUGAACGAGGACGCGCAGGGGACCGCUGACCGCCCUCCCUGUGCUGACGAGGUUCGCGUUGCUCAGGAGAAGGCCGGCGAGGAGAGGGCUGCCGAGGAGCCUGGCGCGGAGGCGAGCGCCCGCGCUCCUGCCGUGGCUGUCCGUCUGGGCGGUUCGACGCAACACGUGCAGGGGCCCACGAAUACUCCGGCGAGGUGGGGCGCACAGCAGGCCGAUGGGGAAGAGUCAGCACCCGCUCGAAGCGGCGGACAGGCUCGCUUGCUGAGGGGUGCGCGAGAGGACGCGGCCGAGGCCAGGCUGGUGCAGGCUCUGGCAGCGCGCUCUCCGCGGAACCCUCCAGCUCGGGAUCCCGUCGCGCGGAUGGGUCCAUCACCCCUGAUCGCACGGCCGCCGACGCCAGCGCGCCGACCAACAGAAGACACGGCGGACGAGGCGCCCCAGACAGGGCACGCGGGACCUGCGGGCGGAAGAGGAACGCGGGGAAUACGUGUGGGACGCGGCAACAACCGCCGCGGCCGCCGUGGGAACGGGAGAGGUCGAAGAGGUGGAGGAGCACGAGGCUCGAAUCGGCGACGCACCGGCACGAGCCGAUACGCGAGAACUGCAGAAAGGCUGAUGCGUGAAGACGCAUAA